UUCUUUUUUUAUGAAUGAUUGUGUAAUCAAUUAGCUUAUAAUUAUCAGAAAUUACAUGGCCUUUAUUAAUAUUCCGUGGAUUUUAAUUCUCGUCUCUAUAUAAAGACUUUUCCCUCCUUUACACUUCUGCAUUAUCCAAAAGUCGUUCCAAAAAAUGGAGAAUGGAGGAGAAGAAGUUUCCAUUGACGGAGACAUACUCGAAUCAAUACUCUCCCAUUUACCACUCCUCGACCUCGAUUCCGCUUGCCAAGUCUCCAAAUCAUGGAACCGCGCCGUCUUCUUCUCCCUCCGCCGCCUUAAAACCAUGCCGUGGUUGUUCGUUUACAAUCAGAGAAAUUCUCCGCCGUACACCAUGCCGGCGAUGGCGGUGGCUUAUGAUCCGAAGUCGGGUGAAUGGAUCGAGAUCAAAAACGAAUCAUCAUCUCCCGUCGAACACGUCUCCGUUGCUCGAUCUUCUCACUCCGCGUUGCUCUACGCUUUAUCUCCGGCGAGAUUCUCUUUCUCAAUCGACGCGUUUCAUCUGACUUGGCAACACGUGGCAGCACCGAGAGUGUGGAGGAUCGAUCCAAUUGUCGCCGUCGUUGGACGGAACCUGAUCGUUGCCGGUGGCGUGUGCGAUUUCGAGGAGGAUAGAUUCGCCGUUGAGUUGCUGGAUGUCGAAUCCGGCGACGGCGAGUGGGAGAGAUGCGAAUCGUUGCCGGAUUUUCUCUACGAAUCCGCGUCCGCCACGUGGCUUUCCAUCGCGGCGAGUUCGGAGAAGAUGUACUUGACGGAGAAGAGAUCAGGCGUUACGUGUAGCUUCGAUCCAGAAACUAGAUCGUGGACGAAGCUUCUCGAUCUUUGUCCCGGCGAGUAUAGUUUAUACUCACGUUCCAUCGGAUUCGCCCGUAACCGUCUAAUCAUGGCUGCGAUCAUCGGAGACGAGGAUAAUCCGACGGGAAUCGAACUAUGGGAAGUUAUAGUCUCCGACGAAUCGCCGAUGAAUUUGAAAUUCGAAUCGAUUGGAUCUAUGCCUAAGACGUGUUUGGAUAAGCUCAGAGGAACUGAUUCUGAUUGGCCGUUAACCUCGAUAGCGUUUAACGCGGUGGGAGAUAUGGUUUAUAUACACGAUGCGGCGGAGAACGGCGGAGAUAUAGUGGCGGCGGAGAUUGAUGGAGGAAAGCUUUGUAAGUGGAGGACUUUGCCAAACGCAGACGCUACUUGGAUUAAUAAAAGUCACGCGGGAGAGAGAGUUAUCGUUGCGUGUUCAAACUUUGGUUUUAGCGAUUUGAAACUUGCGUUUAGGAAUCAUUUGAGUUUCUCAACGUCAAAAUAUUGAAUGUAAUCGUGUCCGUUAAAUUCAAAGUUUCUAGUCACAUCUUGUACUCUAGUUAUUAUUAUUACUGCAUAAGUUAUUUUGUUUUUUGAGAGAUAAGCAUUCACAUUACAGAAACACUUAUAGUAAAAGUUUCUUACA